AAACAAUACUUCUCGAAACCUUUAUCGAGAUUAAGGAACCCAAGAGCCCGCAAAUUGGAAACUAUUUUUUGUGUUUAGUGGAAGUUGAAACGUUCAACAAGUUGUUAAUUAUCUGCGAGUAUCUUUUCAGUCCUUUGAUGGCCGAGCGUUUGGAUUGUUAUGAGGAAUUUAGUGACAUUUGUGGAGAUGUGAAGCCAUAGAUGUGUAAGGAUUCUCGCUACAUUUCGAACGUGUUAUCGGUGUUGAUGUUCAUUUGGUGAACGAAAUUUAUCAUGCUGGACAUUUUGUAUAGCAGUUUGAGUGUUUCGACAAAACAUUCUCGUUCGCCUUUUUAUUUUACAAGCAAAUAUACCGUGGAUCAGGAACGAUGAGGAAUUUUAUGUAGCAAGUAUAUUAAUUGGAAUUUCCUCGAUACGACAUGCAGCCGAGUUAUAAACCGUUCAAAGGGAAUCUCGUUCGAACGGUCGAUUUAUACCGACGGACUGGCGGAUUUGGUUUCACGCUGUCAAGCCAGGGACCAUGUGUACUCAGCUGUAUUAUAGCUGGAAGUCCCGCUCACAGGGCAGGCCUGAAACCAGGUGACGAGAUAAUCGAAGUUAAUGGGGCUUCCGUGGAAAGUGCUCCGCAUGAACAAGUUGUCAAACUCAUUGCGCGCUCUCCGGAUGGGAUGGUUCAACUUGGGGUUCGUAACCGGUCAGAAUUGCAAAGGUUAAGAAUGAACGAAACGAAAAUCAACGCGGAAAAUCAAGAAGAAACAGUGAUAAACGAAACGAUAUUGAAUCGAGUUGAUAAAGUCGUUGAGGAAUUGAAGUCGGGUCAACUAUUCGGGGAUUCGCCGUCGCUAAACAGUUCUUUAUCCAACGGAAAAUUUAUAUCUGAAGAUGAUAUCGUUACGGAUGAAGAAUUAAAAGCUUCUUUUUGUGAAAGUAUUAGGUCUGAAAGCUCUGUUCCUGGUUCCUCUCCUGCUCAGAGUUACGCGAGUAGCAGGCGAUCUAGCGAGGGAGAUGUUGCGUCAAAUAGUUCAUCAUCUCCGAUGUUAUCUCGACUCCUUUAUCCUAAAAUGACGCCGUUGAAAGGUUGUGAUCAGGCAGAUAUCGACCUAGAACCGGAACUUCGAUCUAUUGUAGGCUAUUUAGGUUCUAUUGAACUGCCCGCAGCGUCAAGUCUUCCAGCCGCAAGUCUGAGUGCAAUAAGAAAUUGUGUUCGACGUCUUCGAGCACAACAAAAAGUUCAUGUGUUUUUUCUCAUGGAAGUCUCUUUAAUCGGGAUAAAGCUCUUGGAUAACGAGAAGAGAGCUGUUGUUACGUACCCCAUUAAGUCCUUGGCAUUUACUGGACUCUGCUCUGACGAUAAAAGAGUGUUUGGUAUAGUCACCAGAAAAACUAAUGAACCAUCUGCAGAUAAGUUCAAUAAUGCCUCCAGUAACUGGCAGGUUCAAAAUAAUCACAAAACUGACAUCCAAAGCACUGUAAAUUGUUCUUGUCAUGUUUUCUCAGUGAAUCCAGAGCUCAAUUCUCAUCAAGCUCAUCAGCAUCUUGCUGAUAAGUAUGGAAUACAAUGUACCGAGGAUGCAAAGGGAGGUUGUAUUGAAUUUCCUGCCUCUUCUAGCCCUGUCCUGAAAGCCAUCACUGGCAUGUUCAAGGAGAGAACAGGGUCAGAGUCUGGUGGAGCAAGUAGUGAUGGUGAAAGAAGGGGACGGUCUUUGUCAUUAUCUUCUAGCCAAUCAGAGUCAGAUGGGGUAUUCCGACAACCAUUUGAUGAUGAGAACUCGACAUGUGAACCUCCAACAGUUAAUUUUAUUACCAGUCACAUGGGUGAUAACUUGAGCCGACCUGCUCCUCCUGUGGUGAAUGUGUCCUCAUUUCAUUCUCGCGAGAGUUCAGCUGAUUCUCAAAUGUCCUUGGGGUCACACCACAGUUCACUGACUGGUACUUUAACUGAAGUUGGAAUAGCUGGUAAAUCUCAGCAUAGUUCACAAAUUGGACCAGUUGGAACAAAGGAUCCAUCUCUAAGUAACUCUCAAGAGUCUUUGGCACAUUCAGAUAUAGUUGUAGGAGCAACCCAAAGCAGAAAGACAUUAAUUGCCAGUGCAAGUAUCAGUUCGAGCACUCCAAGUAUUCACAGUCUGAGUAGCAUGCCUGGCGAUAUGUCUCAGGUGGAUGGCAGAGUUGGAAGAUGGGCUCUUGGGUUUGACAAGCUCAUGGAAGAUCCUGCUGGAUUGGGCUGUUUCAAGGAAUUCUUGAAGAAAGAAUUUAGCGAUGAAAACAUUGUUUUCUGGAUUGCUUGUGAAAACUUCAGGAAUAUCUCAGAUUUUGAAGAGCUGAAAAUGGAAGCAGAGAGCAUCUUCCACAAUCAUCUUACUGCAAAUGCUCCCCUGCCUGUCAACAUCGAUAGCUGUGCUGUCAGAGAUGCUGAGGAGCAACUGCAGAAUCCAAACAGUGAUAUGUUUCGCCUUCAACAGCAGCAGCGUUCAGGACGCAGCUGGGGAAGUAAACACAGCAGCAAAAGAUCCACUUCAGGGAUGGACGGCGACAAGAAAAAGUCGAUUCUUCCUUGGAAAGGAAAACACGUCAAAAAAGGUGACAGAUCUUUUGGCAGCCAACCUGGCAGUGCUCGAAGUUCUCUCUCCUCGCUGUCGGAUUCAGUCCCACGUUUUAGUUAUUCGACAGAGUCUCUAAAUGUGGAUCAGAGGAGGGAAAGUGAGUCAUUCCAGUUCUGUAGAGUGAUAUUACCGGACCAUUCAUCCACCAUUCUACUUUGCAAGGAAGGUCAAACCUUACGCCAAGCCCUAAUGCAACUGUGCGAAAGAAGACACCUCUCACUUGUCGCAAAUGAGGUGUUUCUUGGCGGCGGAGAUAAGCUUGUCCUUCUAGAGGAACUGGAUGAGGACAUGUCUAUCAUGGGCGGCAGAGAGGUGGUCCUGAUAUACAGAACGCUUUUCAGGUUGGAACUCCCGGAUGGUGGGAUCCUGUGCGUCAAGGUCAAACCCGAUCAGAGCGUGAAGGCUUGUUUGGAGCCCAUUCUCUAUCGUCAAGGAUUGUCUCCUAAUCAUGUGAUCACUCAUUUGGCGGGAUGCGAAGUGCCCUUGGAUCCUGGAAUCCCAGCAGCCUCUAUUGAGCAUCAACUCGUAGUUGUGGAAACCGAGGAACAGCUUACAGGAAAUAUCAACGCUCAGUCUCCCCCUCGUCAAGUUCUUUCCACGCGCCCCCCGCGGCGGGAAAACAAAAGGAACACGUUUGACGAUCUCGCUUUUGAAGAGGUCAUGCGCGGUAAGAGACAAGCUCUUGGCGACGGACACUUUGACCAACUGGGAGUCUGGGUUCCUGAGUCUUCACCGAGUGAGGAUUCAUUGAAGGAGGAGCUGUACCGUGGAGAUGGAAGCUUUGGAAAGAGUUUAUUGAAGGCCCAAGGAUUGUUUGCAAGAAAGCGAAGAGAAGGCAGCGAACAGGAAAAGAUUGUAACAGUUGUUAGUAAAAGUGGCCGCUUCGGAAACGAAAAAACCUCUGAUGUGAAAGACUUCUUCGACCUCAUCAGCCGUGCUCAGGCAAACAGAAUGGAUGAUCAGAGAGGCGAACUAAAGGGAAACUUAGAGUUGCCAGAUUUUCUCAAAAUUCCAGCCAGCAAUAAGUCAGCUCAAGGAAAUGAGAAUUUUAAGGUACCUCAUCCUCCUCACGCUUUCAGAACUUCAGAGAGGAACGUAACGAAGCCUGUCUUGAAGAAAACACUAUCGACACCAAUCGAUCGUCCUGUAGAGAAAAUGGAUUUGAUGCAAGAGCUAGCCGCAAAGUUAUCCAAGAAAACGGAACCAACCAAGAAGAACCCAUCGCCGAGAGUUGAUCAGCAAACUGAACCGAACGAAAUUCUUCUAGACUUCAAUUUUAACUCGAGACCGCAACCGCAGCAGGCACAGAAUUCCCAGUUAGCUGUUAACUCAGAGGAGAAACAAAAACGCACACCGAGACCCAGAUCGUGUACAGAUGCUAAUGUGUACGCGAUGGAGGCUACUCCGCACGGGAUACGAGUUGAAACGAGCAAUCGCCCACAACCUGUCGCUGACGCGGAACCUCGGAAGAACGUUGCUCAUGUUCACCCGUCAAUACGGCCACAAGCAUCGCAACCUGUCACUGUAAAUAGCUUGCGUGGAAUGCAUUACGCUACAAAUCCACGGCGCAAUACUGUGGAUCAAAUUAUGCAUAUUCCCUCUACAGGAAGCGUCAAACCGCAGGCAGUUGGAAGGGUUUCAUCUAAAUCCUCACAGAAUAUCAGAGACAUAUCACCUGCAAUCUACGAUGUGAGACCGGAUCCGAAUCACGAAGGGACAUUGUUGAAAGGGUAUGAUAAUUCGGUGAAAUAUUCAAGUACCCCCGUAGAUAUCCCUCAACGGAAACUUUUCUCGGCAUACAGUUUGCCCGAGGUGAACUCCCAGAGAGCUGAGGUACAUAUUCCAUCUGAAGGAGGCCCCCCUCCAGUUCCUCGGAGGACAGUUUCUAGUAUGGACCGCCGACCCCGACCUAAACCUAUUCACAACCCUAAGGAACUUUUAGCAGGACUUGAAAACACACCGGUGUCGUCGACUGAAAGAGUAGAAUCACCACCGAACCCUGGUAGUUCAAGAGUUGCAAGCCCUCCCCCUCCCCCUCCUACCCCACCCUCGGGCUCAAUGUAUGACCUUCAAAUAGCCGAUUUCUCUCCGCCUCCUUCGAUUUGUGCUUCACCAGAGAAAACCUCUCGCUCGCCCGAGGAUCGAGACACUAAAAGAUCCUCGCUGAUAUCAGACUCCCAAAAUAACACUCCACCAGCCAGAGCUAACAGUGCAAGUUUUGCUGGGACCGUAGCGUAUGUUGACAUGCCAGGGAAAGAUUCCCAGAGACCUUUAAACUACAUUAAACAGCCGAUCACGCCGAAUGUUAGAGUAAGCAGUUUGAACUCGUCCAAUUUGACAAAUUUAUCCCAACGCGUGCUAAGUGAGGACCGUCUGGAUGCAACCACACAGGCGUCCACUCUAGGUUCUGUGACGCCAACUGUUUCGAACUUAAACAAAACGAUCACGCCAUCUUCGGUAAACGAUAGGACUCUUGUCGAGGAAUCACUAUCAGAAAAUGUGACUCCGCAUGCGGGUCAAAGACCGUCAAUGGAAAGUGCAUCUAAACGGCUGAUAACCAACUCGGGAAGCGUGCCAAGAAGUAAAAGCACAGAUCAGGAGAAACGUAGAAGUCGACAGGACAGCGAUAUUCCUAAGCUAGACCCUUACGUCACUUACGAAAAGGAAGACUUGCGAAUAACAUUCGUGUGAGAAAUUCACCUGUAACUACUUAUGAGGGAGAAAAGAGAGUUAGAGAUAUAUUGUGACCUGAAUAGUAAAGAGUUUACACCUUUUUUGCUGCAUUUUAAUAUUUCCCUAGCGCUACUGAUGACUUAUUUGAGUUUAUGAAUUUUAAUUAAUGAGAUUUUUAUGGAACUUCUGACAAUAUGAAUGAAUAUUAAUUUAAGUGAUCUUUAAGAUAUUGAGUUAAAGUCAGAGAAUCUGGAAUGGAUGAAUGGGAUGAGUUAGGUCGGCGGCGUUUACACUGGAAUACAGGCGAGCCUUAAGUGUAGCUAGCCUGAAGUGUGACGCUUCUCCUAGUGGAAAAUGAAGAUCCUUUUCUAAAGAGUAAAUAUUUCUUAUUUAUAUUACUAAGAAAUAGGCUUUUUAUGUAUUUUAUUGGCUAGCGAGAUGAAUCUAAUUUUGUUGUUCACGAUGAUGAUGACGUGUUUAUUUCCUUAUUGAAAAUCGAAGAACCACUUGUUUCCUAUAACUUGCUGUUUUCGUUGCAUGCGAUGAAGUAUGCAAUGGCGUAAAGGUCAUUAUGGCGUCACGCAUUCCACCUUUAAGUUUUGCGUGACAGCAAGAAAAUGUCGCCCUCAUGACUUUUGUAAUAAUCUUUAUGGGAGCAUAUUUUUUUAUAUCUUUCCUUCAAUACAACUUGUACCGUUCAAUAAUAUGGAAGGUAUUGUUUAAUUUUUUCAUGUUUUGGAGACUGAAUUUUUCAGAAUGGUUAUUUGCUUAUUUAUGAGGUUGUCAACACUACGUUUUUUGGUCAUAUUUACCUUUUAGUUUGAAAGGCAGCCAAAGUGUAUAGUUUUGUACCAAAGAGGAAUCAAUUAUGAAAUACACUGAUUGAAAUUGUA